ACGCGAUUCUGCUCCUGCGUCGAUGCUCGCAGGUCGGGUCGGCUUGAAGACCAGGGCUCCGAGGCGCUCAAGGUCGGGCGCUACUUGAGUGCUAACCCGUCGGCCACGAUCGAGGACCUCGCACGCUUCGUGCUCACGGACGACAAGCUGCCAACGGAGACGGUCAUGAACUGGGUGGCCUUCUUCAUCAAGCCGUCCACCGAGCUCGUCGACGUUGGCGACAUGUGCGAGACUCUCGGUCUUGACAGCGGCGCGUCUGCCCACUCGCUCCGGGUCAAGCGCAACCUGUGGAUGCUCAACGACGACCAAGUCACGGUCGUAUCCGUGGACUCCAAGACCACGUACCGUGUCGCCGCGUCCGCGAUGUGCGAGGUCAUCAGCAAGCUGUCCGGUGCCGGCGAGGCUCGUCGCAUCUUGGCGCUGCUGCAAGAAGCGCGGCGAGCGUACCGGACACGCCUCGAGAAGGCUGGCGAACCCAAGGCGAAGAAGAUCAAGACGCAUCACAUGCCCGUGGCGGCGCCAUCUCGCACAACCUCGACGCCAGCGCGUCAGCCUCGACCCGCAGCGCCGGUGACGCCCGCACCGGCGACAGUGCAGCAUGAAGGCGCGCCAAGACGGUCUACGCGGCGCUUUGUGACGUUCAUGUACGCCUCGCCGUACCUCGUCAUGGCGCCCAAAGGCGGCCUCGUCCUAUGCAGUCAUGCGGAUGUCGAGGCCGAGUACGAAGCCGUCGUGAAAGGCUUGGCCGUCGCCUCUUACGCCGAGCACGGCGAACAAUCGUACCAGCGCUCGACGACCGCCCCUGUCGCUGUGCGCCCGCUCGUGGCGACGCGGUCCAACCUUCAGCAAGUUGAGCUCGAGGGCUGCUCGGUGCUCCACUUUGCCGGGCACGGGAUCAAGGAAGGCGCCCUUCUUUUCGAAAACAACAAGAUGGCGGGCGAUCUUGUCCAUGUUCAAGAGGUCGUCAAGUACUUCAAGACCGACAAGCCUCGACUCGUCAUCCUGCUGGCGUGCCACUCGGAGACGAUGGCCCCCGCGUUCCUUGCAGCUGGCGUCAAGCACGUUGUUGCCAUCAGUGCGAAAUGGGCCAUCGACGAGGACGCCGUCAAUGUCUUUGCCUGGACGCUCCACCAAAGUCUGGCCAGCGGGCGCAGCGUCGCAUCGAGCGUCUCCCAUGCGCAAGCAAGCGUCCGCGAAUCCGAUAUCAAGGAUGCCGACGAGGAAGCCGACAACUUCGUGUUGCUGCCGCGCGGCGCCGACCACUCGGAGGUCAUUUUUCCAUCGACCUUCCACGACUCGGACGUUGUGCAUGGCGAUCCGUUUCCGCGCCUUCGUCGCGACGAGCUCCCGAAAGAAGUCCAUGAGUACAAGGAGCGCCAAAUCGAAGAAGGACUGGUUUGCGGCCUCUUUGCGGCCAAGAAGACGUCUAUCGUGUGGCUCCAUGGUCCGCAGGACGCGGGAAAGACGCAACUGGCGUGCAGCGCCGCCCGGGCGCUCGAGUUUCGCCGUGUGUUUCCUCGCGGAAUCACGUUCAUUCGUGUGCCGCCCAGCUCUGCGGCGUGCGCUUGCGCGGCCGAUACUACCCUCGCCGCGCUCAAGCUCCAAGUGGACACGUGGCUGGCUGCAACCGUCGACCGUGGAAUGCUGCACGAGUUCAACCCGGCGACGCUGGUCGUUCUGGACGGGAUUGACGCACUGGUGGCGUCGCCUGCCUUCGUCUCGUGGCUCGACGAGCUCUGUUUCAUGAAGUCGUUCGUGCACUUUCUUGUCACGUCCCGCGCUGUUCCGACGGACAUCAACAAGCUCCAGAAUCCCAACCGCGUCCGUGCGAUUUAUGUGUCUUGUCACUCGUCGUUGGAAUCGGACACGCCCCUCCACCGCCGCUUCGAUCCGCUUGACGAAUAUGGUGACUACAACCUUGCCGCCUCGGUGAAGGACGAAGAUAUGUAAGCAACCAAUGUAGUGUACUUUUAGGAAAAUGGU